AUGGCUCAACCCCGCGGCGGAGGAGCCUCCGCCCUGGAGCACGUGUCUCACGUGCUGGCGUGCCUCGUGCACAGGCACUCGUUUUUCGAGGAUGAGGAACCCCCCCCCAGGCUCAGGACGGGCGCCGUGCCCGAGGAUGUGAUGCGCCGCGUGAGACGGCUGGACGCCGAGUCCGUCAAGGGAGAGCUCGCACGCCUCCGCAGGUGGCUCCCCUCCUUCGUCGCGGACGGGGAUCGGCCGGUGUCGUGGGGGGAGAUCGCCGACAGCCUCGCAGAGGCCCUGGACGCGCUCCCGCAGGACGCCGCGAGCGCGCGCGCGUACGCGAGACGCUUCUCCGUGCUGGUCCUAUCCGACGCCGUGAACAACCCGCCGGUGCCCGAACCCGAGGUUGGCUCGUACUACGAACGCGCGGGGCUUCGGUCGAGGCACGCGGCGCUCCUCCUCGUGGCGUCCACGGAGGGCGGCGACGCGAGCGCCGCGGCCGCCCUCGCCACCCUCGUCGCCGCCGGUCACGUCGUACCCGCCGCCGCCGCGCUCCUCGCGGGUCUCAGGGGCGUGGACGCAUGGGACGGACGCGCGGCGCUGCUCUCCGUCGCCGCCGGUUGGCGUUGGGCCGGGACGGACCACGGGGAUGAGGCGCGAGGCGACGAGGCUCGCGACGCGGUGGGGCGGUGCGUCCGGUUCGUCCUGGACGAGAUGGCGGAUGAAGCGACGCGGGGGACGCAGAGGCGGACCGUGGCUGGCUCGCUGUCCGCCAUGCUGUGGUCGCUGUGGGAGAGCCAGGGGAGCGACCGGACGUUGGACGCCAUGUUCCCGACGCUGGAAGAGCUCGGCGAGUUGGCCACGGUGUGGAAGGAGAAGGCGAACGCGGCGGCGGAGUCGGCGCGGCUGCUGCAGGCGGUCGUGGCGCUGAUGCGAAGGUGGCGCGGGGAGACGCCGCUGCCGGACCCGCCGACCGAAGGCGUCGAGAUCCGGGGUAAGAACAAGGACAAGAAGGAUAAAAAGGCUGAGCCGCAUGAGCAGGAGGAGGAAAAAGUCGAAGAAGUCGACGAGGAGACCAAGGAACUGAGGAGGAGACUCGAAAAGGAAGCCCGGUUCCGUCGCGAGCUCAAAGCAGCGUUGCUGUCGGGUAUCGACGGCGCCAAGGACGACGCAAAGGCUGCCGCGAUUGAGAGCGUCUCGGAGCACUUCGAGGCGGCGGCGACGGACACGCUCGCGAGUGAGCUUCAGCGCUCCAAACGGGACGAGACCGUCCGCGCGUUGCUCGUCCGCGUCGUUGGCGUUGGGGGCGCGAAGGGCCCGCCCGCUGCGCUGUGGGGUAAGGUUGGACGCGCGCUGAAAGCCGCGAGCGUGGUGUGCCCCGGGGCGACUCUGGACGUGGUCGACGACAUGCUCAGGGCGUCGGGUGCGAGCAAGGGGGAACAGAAGAAGGAGGAGAAGAAGACACCGGAGAAGAAGUCCAGCUCGUGGUUCGGUGGAUCGAAGAGCAGCAAGUCUACCGACGCACCCAAGGCGUCCAAGGCUGUUCCGGGCGCCGGAAGCUCCAACUCCCGCAUCCUGGCGCUGCGGUUCAUCGCGUGGGCGAUCGAGGCUGUGCAGGACGUUCCGCAGGAUGUCGGCCUCGAAGACAGCGACUUCGAGUCGGACCCUUCCACGACGGUCGCGAAGGCACUCACCGUCGAGCUGUGGAACCGCGCGGGCGCGUUCGCAUCCAGCGUGGCAGUCGCGAUGACCCCGCCGUCCGGCGUAGGCAAGACCAAGGGGAAGUUUGUCGACGGGGAGCUGCCCGACCGCAUCGCGUACAUCGCGAGGGAGGUUCCACCCGACGCCCCAACCGGCGACCAGGUGGAGGUCAUGUUAACCGCACUUCGGUGUACGCCGCUGUGCCUCGCCGCGCCCGCCGGGACGUUCGGGGAAAAGGAAGCGACGGACCACGUCAUCGACAUCAUCGCCGCGGGCAUGGGGUGCGGCGAGAGGGACGUCGAGGCGGCGGCGAGACGAGCGCUGCGGCGACACUGCGACGCGCUGUCCAGCAAGUCGCUUCGUCGCGCCGUGCAGCUCACGCUUCGUGCCGCGGAGGAGGCGAUGGAGGGUUCGACCGACCCAACAGAGUGGGCGUGCAGGUUCAAGACGGCGGCUGCCAUCGUGGCCGAGGCGUCUAGGCGAACGGCGGAUGACCUCUACUUUGACGCCGUCGUCGAAGGAAUCGAGGCGAGGAAGGAGGAGAGCGCAGUCAGCUCCCAGACUGACGACAAAGACGCAACCACGGGCGAAGGAGGACCGAGUUCCGGCACGUCCCCCACCGAAGACGUGUCAGUCGGCGACGACGAGUCGGAUUCAGAGUCGAUGUCCCCCGCGGUGUCUGCGGCUCUAUCCGCCGCCGCCGCGGUUGGACCCCGCGCGGCGUCGGCGAUUCUACUGGCGACGGCGCACCCCGAUCCGGCUGUUCACGCCGCCGCCGCGGAGCUCCUGGCCGCGACAGAGGAUCUAGUCGACGCGGCGGCGCUCGCGGCGGAUUCGGAGGGCCACGGUGCCAGCGCCGGAGAGGACGGCGAAGACGCGCUGGCUUCAAGGCUCGGCGGCGGUCUUCUCAGGUGGCUCUCCAGCGAGGCGUCUGUCGGACCCGAGACGCGUUCCAGGGCGGUGGCCAUGCUCGGCGGGUGGCGCGACGACGAGAGGGUCACCGGAUGGAUCCAAAAGACGCCCCUGAGCGCUGCAGCGGAUGAGGGCGUGAGACGGGCGGCGCACAGGUUGUUCACCGCUCGAGUCAUCGACUACAAACCUCCCAGCGCCUCCGCGACGAGCGGAGGAAGCGGAGGCGCCGCGCCUUCCGUCCACGCGUACGACAUGUGGAAAGGUCACGUCGCUAUAUACUGCGCCGCGGCCAGGCCGAGGUACUACGACUCGACGCAGAGGUCAGGGGACCCGAAGGAUGACGACGACGCUGACGACGAGGGCGCCAAAAAGACGAUCAAGAAGAAGAAGGAAACCGUCAACGUUGAAGACGCGGUGGACGCCGCCGUCGCCGAGGACGAAGAGGAGGAAACCGGCGAAAAGAAUUUUGACGACGACGAGAAGUUCGACGACCUGGAGGCCUGUUUCGACUCCGAGCAGGUGCUUCGUUGGGCGUGGACACGAUGCGCCGCCGCGGCGGAGGCGUCUGCGGAGCUCGGGGAGAACAAGGACGACGAGGCGCGGCUUCGUAAGGAGGUGAUGAUCGACGCCCUCGCCGCCGCCGCGCCGCCGUGCCUCUCGGCGCUCGUCGCAUCCCUCGCGAAGGAUACAACCGCGAUCGCACAAGGCGUACUGCCCAUGCCAAAGGACGAAAAAGAGUUGCGCUCCCGGACGCUGCCCGCGCUGAAUCGGGCCUCAGCGGGCCUGGUUAUACUGCGACGACUCGCUGAUAGGAUAAUCGAACGCGACCUACCCAGGUCCGAGGCGAUUCUCAGCCGCGUUUGGGCCGCGGCGGAUGUGUGGCUCGAGCCUCUCUCCGCCGUCACCGACGAGGCGCUCGCUCCCACCUUCGAUCAGACGGACGCGUGCGCGAGCGCCUCGAACGAAGCCGCCGCGCUGCUCAAACUUCGGCACUCGCACGCGCCCCCGGCUGAGAUGGACGCCACGGACGCGGCCGCCAAGGGUCUCGCGCACAGUCUCCCGUCGAAGCAGGCGAGCGUCAGGUGGUACGAAUUCGUCGCGACCGUGCUCGAAGCCGUGGAUGUCGUCGUCGACAAGCAAAUCUCCAAGAAACGCGCGGACCUCGUCAUCAAGAGGGUCGCCAGGGCGUCGAGGUGGAUGUGCUUAAUCGACGCGAAAGGCGACGCCAAGAUUGAGGAGGCUGCGAAGAAGUCCGAGUCCGUGGCCUCAGCGACGUGCGUCAAGCUACUUCUUCAGCGUCCCGACACAAUCUGGAACGCCGCCGCCGCGAGCCUGAAGCAGGCGGCGGCGGCGAGUGCACGAGAGGGGGAGAGGCCCGGCGCGGCGCCGACGAUACAACUGCUCGAGAUUGUGGUAACCGCGGCCAUGUCAAGAAGGGGUACAAGCCCCGAGAAUGACGGAGUCGUGAUCGCAGCCGCGCUCGCGAGCCUUGGACUGUCACCUUCGCUGUCCGCGUCGGCCGCGGCGUACCGAGGCUUGCGAGAUUUUGCCGGCCAGCGCAUACCAAAAGAGGCUGCCGCAGCCGCCGUCACGGCGGCUGACGCCGCGGCAGAGGCCAAAUCACCAGGCGAUGUCAUCCUCUCGCUCGAAGCCAGAAGAGGCGCGGUGAUAGCCGCGACGAGGGAACUACUCGCGACAGAUCCAACAAGAACCUCAGCGGUCUCACUCGGCAUCAAGGCCCUCGCCGACGCGUUGGGUACCACGGUGGAUGAGAAGGAGGCGUGGACAGAGGCUGCCACAGCGACUGAACCAGAAUUUGGAAAAUCUCGCAACGCUUGCAUCAAGUUGGCCGCGACAUCCCUCACGUGGGUCGUCGAGGCACUGGCGACGGUGUCUCAAAAUCCUGUCGACGCAAAAACAGCUUCGGCUCUCGCGCAGGCGGCGUUGGCGUGCGCGCGCGUAGCGGUUUCGAGCGGUAUUCGCAGCGCCAAGGAGGGUUCGUCCAGCGCGGGUGUCCCUGACACCAGCAGGCUGUGGGAGCGAGUUGGAAACGCGAUAAGCGUGAUCAACACCGAACGAUACGACUCCGAGUUGAGGACAGCCGCCGCGAGUGCGAUUGCCGUCGCGGAUACACUGGUGGACGCAUGCGAAGAAUCCCUGGAGGUGACUGCAAUGGCGACGGUGUAUCUGCUCCGUUCACCCUCGGGGUUGGAUAUUGGCGCAAAGCUGGUGUCCAUCGCUGCGUCCGGGGAGGGAUGGGACUCGACGCACGCCGUCGCGAGCAACCGAUCGGCGGCGGCGAUGCGCCUCGCGGCUUCAUCCGCGGCGUGUCCCGUGGCGUCAAUCACGUUCGCAUCUCAGCUGCCAUCGCUCGUCGCCGCCGCAACGUCGCAGCGGGAAAACAGCAAGGCGGCCCGCGCUCUGCUGGAGGCUCUACAGAUACGGGACACGAACAUGAACGGUGUCGUGGAAUCUCUCGCGAGGAGAUACCCGGAAGGGCGGCUAGCGUGCAGACGCGUGCUCGCCAAGGGGGCGAUUCGAGCCGCCGACGUCGCCGCGGGAGACGACAACCGCGCGAAGCUCUCGCCCGCCGCGUGCGCGUCGGUCGCGUCGAGCCUCAGGCUUUUAGUGGCGACGGUGAAUCCGCCGAGGAUGAACCCGAGUGCGAAACCCCACCGCGCGUUCCCGCUCGAACGUCUCGCAGAUUAUGCCGCUCGUUGCCAUAGGCUGUUUGCCCUGGGACUGAUGUCCGGAGAGAAGGGUCUGGUCACUGCAGUCGCCGCUGCGGAUGCGUUGGCCACAAUCGCGCAGAGAUUCGCCGCCGGUGGCGCUUCUCGGGAGUCUCAUCACGCAAACGUGGUGACCACAGCAUCCGUCUCCGCGGCGAUCGCGGCCCUCUCAUCGACGUCCAUCGAAUGCAUUUGCGCGGGUCUCCGGCUCGCGGCGGCGUGUGGCCUCGCCAUGCCCGCGUUGACUUCUGCAGCGACGGCGGCUCUGCCCCCAAACGUCGCGCCCGCGGUUGGAGUUGCGUUUGACGACGGGGAGUUUUCAUUCGAUCAGCCCAAAUCUUCAGGCGAGUCUGACUCCUCUUCCGCCGCAGCAGCUAUAUUCUCGCGACUGGUGCUACGCAAGAUGCCUGAUAUCGCGGAAAAGCCUGCACACGGUCGAGCGCUGGAUGUGGCGAGGGCGACGCUCGCGGCAUUAGCCGGGGAGGCACCAGCCGAGAAUCCUCUCGCCGCCGUUGUCGUCCUUUCAAUGACGCUGCGGUCAUGGCCCAGCCUUCACGCAACCCCGGACGUCAAGACUGCCGCGAACGCUGCGAGAUAUCUACGAUCGCUCGAUUACCAGGCGCUGGACUCUAUCGCGACUGCUUUAUCCCUUUUGGGUGACAAGAAGUACGCGGAGGAGCGCAAGUUGGACUUCAGUGAGGGCAAGUCUCCGGGGAUUGUGAAGGCGUCACCGUCGCGGCCUGGAGCUGCGCUCGCAGCUGCGACCGCCGCGGCGCAGGCCUUGGCCACUACUCCAGGUAAGGGGCUCGCUAAGAGCAAACCGUCAGUUGGAAGACCUUCCGGGGGAAUUUGGAGCACGCAGACGCCCACCACCGCGGAUAAGGUGGCGUCAAGGGUGCCGGAUGAGGAUGACCUGGCAGCCAAGAAGAGGCAAACCACCGACGGAAACUCGCUCGCCGCCCUCUCCGCACGACGCCUCGAGUUCUUCGAGUCAAUUUGUGACGGCCUCGCAGAAAUCAAGCUAGCGUCCUCGACGUGGGAACGAUCGCUUCAUUUUCUCGCCGACACGUGCUCGUCGGAUGCCAAGCUGGACAUCCGCGUCGCGGCUGCCGACCUGAUGCGGGCGCUUCUGAAAUCUCGAGCGAAGAGCGAAGGGAGAGGGAAGUGGAACCCGCGCGCCCUGUCAAUAGCGGGUUCGGCGAUGACCCAGACGGUCGAUGACCCGGCUAUGGCGAUGGCAUGCGUUGCGUUAUCAUCCGCAGCGGACGCGUCUCCGCCAAAGAAGCGGAAGGACAAGUCUCCCAUCAAGACACCUGUCCCGCCGGAUAAAAAUCAGCUCGGCCACAAUCAGGUGAUUGACUCUGUGCUUCACGGAGGUGUUGUGGACGAUGAGGGUUCGGACGUCGAGCUGGACGACUGUGUUGUCGAGGAACGGGAUGGCGACGAUGAAGCGAACGACGAGACGGCUCGGCUCCGGUCUCCGGUGGUCUCUGGCGCGCAGGAGAGGAGACUGAGCGAGUGGUCAAGAAGGUCACUACUGAGUGUCACCGCCGCCACGCAGGAGCUCAUGAAACAGGUGACUGCGAACAGACUCCACGAUGAAGCGGAUGAUGGAAGCGGCAGCGACGAGGAGGAUGUGACCAAGGGCAGCGCGAACGAUCCCUUCGAAGAAUUCGUUCCUCCGGAUGAAUCUCGGUCCACUGGCACUCCGGCCAAGCCAUCCAUUGCGUCCAUGUUCACAACCCCGACUAAGGCAAAAUCACCAUUUGGCAAAUUUCCCCUCGGAAAUCUUGGAUCCGCUAUUGUUGCAUCUAGAUGGCGCGUGAAGGCCGGACUCGGCGGGGCGACCCCAGUAACUACACGCGACGAGCGACGCAAGGCUAGACAGAAGCAGCUCCGCGAUGGCGCGCCACCCAGUUACGUUGACAACGACACGAGGUCACCAGUGGCGUGGCCAGGCAGCCUCAACGCCCUUGGGCUCAAGACUCCAGAACAGUUGGCGCAUGACGCGGCCGUAGCCGAAGCUGCCAGGAUUGCAGAAGAGACUGCAAAAGCCGAAGCUGAAGCCGCCGCAAAAGCUGCGGAAGAAGCUGCACAGGCUGAAGCCAUCGCCGUUGCCAAGGCAGCCGAACAUGCUGCACAGGCUGCAGUAGAGGUUGCAAAAGCUGAAGCGGAAGCUGCCGCUAUGGCCGAGAAAGCUGCGGAAGAGGUUCCCGAGGCUGAGAAAGCCGAGGUGAAGAACGUCGAAGCUGAAACAGUCGAGGUGAAGAACGUCAAAGCUGAGAAGUCCGCCGAGGUGGAGGCGGAACAAGUCGCUGCUAUGGUGGCAGCCGUCAAGAUUGAGGAUACUGGCGAGCCGUCAAGCAACCCAACCAAACCAAAAACUGACGAAGCAGUUCUUCAGGUCGAGCGAGCCGCAUUACCUCCGCCCCCCGUGGAUUUGGGCAGAGAGACUAUCGCGGCAGAGGAGGAAGUGCUGCGCGCGGCCGAGCAAGAACUUUAUGGUGCGCUCCCUCCGUUGCCAUCGUCAUCUGUGGCAGGUGAGGAACUUUCAUCGUUGGUGGAGUUUGGCGAAUCGCUCAUCGGGGAAGGCACCGGUAUUGAGGAUCCCGCUGAAGCGGCGUCCGGAGUUGACGAUGAACCAGAUGAUGGACAACACGGCGUCACGAGCGGCGUGGCUGACGACGAGAUAGGAGGAGGAGGAAUCCGAGGAGGAAGAGGAUGA